UCCAGGCAUAGGUACGCAUUAAACGCCUCCCCCGUAGGAGCUUUCGCGCUUUGGGGCAGGGAAUUUAUUUUCAUUUUAAUUUAAAAUAAAUAGGCUAAAAACAUAGUUCCUGCUCUGACUUUUACUUCCCUUAAUCUAAUUCUCGAACAAAAUUUAAUUUCAAAGUAUUUUACUCCAACAAAGUUCAUUGCCAUUUUAAAAAAAGAUAUAUCAGAUAGAAAAAAGAUCAGCCCUCUAGUGAAGACCAGUGCUGAGCCUACGUCUUGAGCAUGGCAGAAGCGCACUCGGCCGUGGCCUUCUCGUUCUCCGUGACCCACGAGGGCGUACAAGUGGACUAUGACCGCGAGCUGCUGCACAUCAUCUUCCACUCCGGCGUGCGAUCUUGGCGUCGUAACUUCACCAGGUUUGCCAACAACAUCAGAUGCGGCGUAUACCCAGGGUCGCUGUCGGCGAUGGUGCUGAGCGUAGGCACGUACAACGGCCUAUACCUCACCAGGCAGGCCUACAACCACAACAUUGAUCCGUCCUUCGGCCUCAUCGAUGUCCUCAGGAAAUACAUCAAACUAGACGAGCCGUCUCAGAGCAUCGUGUGCGCCAGCCUGUCAGGCGUGGCCGUGUGGCUCGGGGUUUGCUACGCCCUCAAGUACAGCCUCAAAGGUCUCUACCAGUACAAAGGAUGGAUGUACGAAGAGCGUGGUCGAGGUGCGAAGAUGUCCCUAACGUCGAAGGUGUGGCUGAUGACAGUGAAGUUGCUGUCGCAGUUCUCCUCUCCCAUGCUCUACUCCUUCCAGGGCUCCUUGCCCUCCCUGCCCGUGCCCUCCGUUGAGGACACCAUGACUCGGUAUUUGCGCAGCGUGCGUCCUUUGCUGAACGAUGAAGAGUACGCGCGCAUGGAGCGCCACGCCAAGGAGUUCCAGGGCGGUAUCGGCCGCAAGCUGCAGAAGUACCUGAUCCUCAAGAGCUGGUGGGCCACCAACUACGUGAGUGACUGGUGGGAGGAGUACGUGUACCUGCGUGGCCGUGCCCCCAUCAUGAUCAACUCUAACUUCUAUGGCACCGACGCCAUCGUCGUGCAUCCCACCUUCGUGCAGGCAGCCAGGGCCGCCAAUGUCACGUACUCAGCCUUCCUUUUCCGCCGUCUCAUUGACCGACAACAGCUAAAGCCUAUCAUGGUCAGUGGCACGGUGCCCUUGUGCUCUGCCCAGUACGAGCGCACCUUCAACACCACCCGCGUGCCUGGCAUUGACACUGACAGACUAGUACACUUCGGAGAUUCCAUGCACAUCGUGGUGAUACACAACGGGCGCUACUUCAAGGUGCCGUGCUAUUACAAGGGGCAACUUCUCACUCCUCCCGAGCUGCAAAUUCAGUUCCAGCGCAUCUUGGACGACGACGUGAAGCCUGACGAGGGCGAGGAGCUGAUGGGGGCGCUCACGGCGGGAGAACGCAGGCCCUGGGCCAUGGCCAGGGAGAAGUUCUUCACGACUGGCGUGAACCGAGCCUCGCUACAGGCCAUUGAUCGUGCUGCGUUUGUGCUGAGCCUGGAGACCGAGUCACAGGACUACAACGCUGACAAGGGCACCGAUCUGGACGGCUUCGUAAGAACUAUGCUGCACGGCAAGGGCCACGACCGCUGGUACGACAAGAGCUUCAACGUCAUCGUCAUGGCUAACGGCAAGAUUGGUUUCAAUGCUGAGCAUGGCUGGGCUGACGCUGCGAUUGCUUCACACAUGUGGGAGUUCAUCAUGGUCCAGGACCUCCUCAAGCCUUGCUACGACGAGUCUGGAAACUGCAUGGGCGAGGCGCGAGUGAACCCGUUGGCGCCCGUGAAGCUGCGCUGGAGCUUGAGCAAGGAGUGCCAGGCAGUGAUCGAGACCUCUUAUAAAGUGGCCCAGGCGUUGCUCAACGAUGUCGACUUGCAUCUCAUCAUGUUUGACGAUUACGGUAAAGGCUUCAUGAAGAAGAAACAUCUCAGUCCCGACGCCUACAUUCAGAUGGCGCUACAGCUGGCAUACUACCGCGACGCUGGCAAGUUCAACUUGACCUAUGAAGCCAGCAUGACCAGGCUUUUCAAGGAAGGUCGCACGGAGACUGUACGGCCAUGCACCAUCGAGUCCGCAGCAUGGGUCAAAGCAAUGGAGAACCCCAAAGAAACAGAUGCGACUCGCAUUGAGUUGCUGGACAAGGCUUGCAGGCGCCACCAGCGGGGCUACCAAGACGCCAUGUGCGGCAAGGGCAUCGACAGACAUCUCUUCUGCCUCUACGUCAUCUCCAAGUAUCUGGAAGUUGACUCGCCCUUCCUUAAUGAAGUUCUCUCUGAACCGUGGCGACUGAGCACAUCCCAGACGCCCCACGGGCAGACGGGCAAGUUGGACCUGACGGAGCACCCCGAGUGUGUGAGCGCCGGCGGUGGCUUUGGGCCCGUCGCUGACGACGGCUACGGCGUGUCGUACAUCAUCGCUGGCGAGAACAACAUCUUCUUCCAUGUCUCCAGCAAGAAGAGCUCGUCUGUAACUAACUCCAAGGGCUUCGCUCGUAACAUUCGGAAGGCUUUGAAUGACAUGAAGACCUUGCUGUCGUCCACCAAGAAAUAGUGCAAACGAAACUCUGAUUGGCUUUACUCAACCAAAAUCAACUCUGCGUAUGCAAUCAAUGCAACCGUGAAUAAAACAGUGAAGUUGUGAACUUAGUUUUUUAAGUCUCAACGUUACCAGUAUUCAAAUUCUUUCAAGUAUUAUGUAUCGGGUUGUUUGGUAUCCUAGGGAAAAUGCGUUAUUCAAAAAUUUAAUCUUGCAAAAUUUCUAAUGUAUCAUUGUCUCUACCAUGGAUAAUUGUGAAAAUAGAAAGUGAUGAAAAUUACAAUUCUUUGAUCUAAAGUUUUAACUGCAGCUUACCUUCUUUUCAGCAGAUAUUCUUCCCUACUAAUAUAAUAAGGGUUCGGCCUAUAAAAUGAAUAACCAACCCAUUCAGACGGCUUCAAGCUCUUCGGAAUAUUUAUGUGUGAAUGUUAUCAUUCUGAUAAUUUAAUGCAAUGAAACUUUGGGCUCGCAUUUGGUGAUCUGCGUCUAAUUCCGUCACUUGACGCUUGUAAUGAGUUCUGCCACCCAAUGUAUGUAUUAUUCUUUAAUUGAAUUAUGCGCAUGUGUUGAAGUACGUAUUAAAUAACAGAUUCUUUCAACUCGUAAUUGCCUUAAUUUAAAAUACAGAUAUAGGUACGGAUAUCCAUGCCUCAGCGGCAUCUUAACUAAGAAGUGGCACAGCACUUUUUCUUGUAUAGAUUCGACCUUGUAUAAAUGCUACUCUUAAAUUCCCAUAGUUUUGUUUUUAUGAUACUGCGGGUAGGAAAAUGAUUGCCGUCUUGCCUGAGGUGAAAAUUUAAAUCGCAAGCGAGUUUCCUCAAAAUUUUUUGAUGUAUCAAGAACAAUUUAAGCGGUUAUGGUAUUUUAUGCGCUGCUUUGAGGAGGUGGAUGACGGCAGUGAGAAUCAUGAUGAACUUAAUAAAUCAUCCCUAUUUUAUUCGAUCAGUUCUGGUGCUGUACCUGGUCGCGAUCACGUUUGCUUCCUCAAGUACAGUUCAGUAUUUUAUCUGUUCAAAUGUCCUCAGUGAUUUUGGUUCUCUGUGAUCUCAUUUUCAAUUGAAGCGUUAUUGGCUUCGUUUGGUCCCGUACAAUUCUCCUAUUAUUUGUGUAUUUUUUCUCGUUUUUAACCAGGGGUCAGAUGCUGCCAAAACGGCAUUAAAUUAACGGUUAAAAUAAAAAUUUUCUGUUUUAGUAGAAUUUUCAAAUGUAACACUGAUAUCUUUUGAGAAAAAUAUUGCAAGUAAUCUUUUUUUCAUGCAUAAAAUAUGUCUCAUUAAGCCUUGCUGCCUCAAGCUUUGUGUGCCUGUAGCAUUUGUGUUUCCAAGAUCCUUGAUCGUUUGGUGGUGUGAUUGUCUAGGGAGAACUCCACUAUGUUUCUGCAAUGUACCAGCAAUGCAAUUAGGAUUAAUGAAUACUUAUUGCAUACUCAUAACUGUCACUAAUAAGUAAUAAUUCAUCUGAUUGAUUUUCUGAGAGCCGUACUCAGAUGUAUCGUAGUUUUCUCUGUGGCCGUAUUUGAGGAUUAAGAACAUGCGUGCUUUUUACUUACGAUAUUCUCAUUAAAAUUAAUAUUGCGUUCUUUGUCUGUGCGUGGAUGCAAAUCGUACUUUUGAUUUAUAGUUUAAUUUUUCCUUGUGAGUAAAUGUAAUGCAAAUUUUAAAUAAUCAAUUUAGUACAGUGAGUGCUCGUUAUUGACGAAGGUACUCAUAAAAAUAAUCAGCGCCAAAGCCCGUAAAUAGGAAUUGUUCCAUCAAGACUCGUACCAUCAUCUUUCUCGUACCAUCAGCUUUUUCAAUGGCAAAACACAGCAUCUUUUACUUCUUUGAUUUAUUUGCAAGUCGUUUUAGUAAAAUGCUUAUGCUUUCAGUUGCCCGUGUUACUAUUCAACCAGUCGUUGCAUCCUGCUUAGUCGUCCAGUUAAUUUACCUAGAUCUUAUUUCCUAUCUAGUAUUAUUCAGGUAUUUAGACACGUCUUAUCUUCACAGGUACGUCACGUAAUUAAUCCUGAUAAUUUCUAAUUGUUCUGAUUCUUUGUUCACUUGUUACGCUCCGAAGUUAUCAAUUCUCGGAUAUUUCGGCCCCGAUACGUCAUGUUGCCGACUUAAACGUUAAGAUAAGAGGUAUUAUUUCAUCAAUCUGUAUUCAUUUGGUUGUGCCCCCUGUUGUUAUAACCCUGUAUCUCACAGCAAUCUUGUAUGUAUGAUUUACUUCUAAUUAUUGUAUUGCCCUUCAAUUUUUUUUUUUUUUUGCUCCAAUUCAAGGGUCCAUUUUUCCUAUUCUCAUUUAAUAAAUGUAGUCUAUUUUA